AUGCCCGACUUUGACGGCGCCGACCUCAUCGCCGGCCUAAAGGCAAACGGGUGCACGAUCGGGGACGAUCUCUUCGCCCUGUGCCCAAUAGAGGGGAUGGGGAAUGGCGCGGUAGCUACUCGCGACAUUCCAAGCGGCACUGCGCUGUUCAGUAUCCCCUCGUCGUAUCUCCUGUCCGAGCACACCUCGACCCUUUCGACGCACCUCAAGCCCGAGGACUGGGCCAGUCUCGAGGGGGGCUGGACGCGCCUCAUCCUGGCCCUGAUGUGGGAGGACAGCCGCGCCGAGUCCCCGUGGCGAGCGUACCUCGACGCCAUGCCUGGGAGUUUCAGUACGCCAAUGUGGUGGCCCGCCCCCGAUCUCGCGCUGCUGAAGGGAACCGACAUUGAGAACAGGAUCGGGCGCGCGUCCGCCGAUAGGGACUACGACGAGCGCGUCGCGCCCCUCCUUGCCGCGUAUCCCGGCGUGUUUGUGGGCGACUUCUCCAAAGAGUGUUAUCAUCGUCAAGGUUCGCGUGUGCUCAGUCGCAGCUUUACGGUGCCCCGGGCUAGGGUUGAUGCAGGAUACAGGAAGGAGAAGGAGGAGAAGGAGGCCAGGAGUGAGGAUAGCGAUGAAGAGGAGGAGGAAGAAGAGGAGGAGCAGGUCGCUGUCAUGGUGCCCUUGGCGGAUAUGCUGAAUGCGGCUUAUGAGAUGGACAAUGCGAGACUGUUUAGCCCUGAUGAGGAGGAGGAUGAGGAGGAGGAUGAGGAGGGCGAGGAGAAGGGGGAGGGUGAAGGGGAGGAACAGGGAGACGUGAGCAUGCGCUCGGCCGCUUCGGCGGCUCCGGCGGCUUCGGCUUCAGCGAACAAGGCAAGCGACGACGCGUACACGAUGACGACGACGCGGGACAUCAACGCCGGCGAGCAGAUCCCCGCUCCGCUCGCAGCUAACGCACAGUACAACACCUACUCGUCUCCGUGCAACUCCGAGCUGCUGCGGAAGUACGGGCACGUCGAUCUCCUCCCCUUUCCCUCUUCUUUUGCGUCUCAACUCCCCUCUUCCGUCUUCCCCCAAUUGGGGGGAAACGCAGGCGACGAGGUGGAACUGAGUGGCGACCUCGUGCUGCGCGCCAUUGCUGCUCAGCUCCGAAAACCCAUCGAAUUCGACGCAGACGGCAGGCCCAAUCCUCCUUGGGACGAGCGGCUCGAGGCGUGGCUUGAAGAUGCCGACGACACGUUCAUCCUCACCCUCGACCCCGCCGAUGGUCUGCCCGAGGAACUGCUGUCGUUCGUCCGCCUGUUCCUCGAAGACGCGGAAUGGGAGCGCACAAAACAAAAGGGGAAAAUGCCCAAGCCUACUCCCACCGAGGAGGUGCUUGGCGUCAUUGACGCUGCGAUCACGGCCCGAUUGGCCAGGUACGCGGCCGAGGGGCUUGAGGGGGACGCCGAGAUCGUGGAGAAGGGCGAGAGGGGGAGUAAUGCCCACAAUGCGGCGGUGGUGCGACUCGGCGAGAAGCGGUGUUUGGUGUUGGGGCGGAGUCGGGUGGCUGAGAUGAAGCGGGAGCUCAAGAAGAGGAGGAUCGCGGAGAGGAAGGAGCAGCGGGAGGCUAAGCGACGUCGAUGA